UGCCUUUUCUUCUUCUGCUUGUCAGAUCAAGAAUCGACUGAAAUCGAUCAGAUUGACCUUCCGGAGGAAUCGUUUGCAGAUGCAGCGUGUGGUGCAGACGAGUGGAACGAGAUGGAGGACACGAGUGAGAAGGAGAAAAAUACAGAGACUGAAGAGAAGAAAGAGAUGAGCAGUCUCCGAAAGAUGCCAUCAGUGCCAGAGCCAAUAGUGGUUAAAGAGGCAUCUGACCCUCCAACUCCACCAGUCACCGACAUCAAUGCCCUGCCAUCGGUCGGGCGACCAGUGAUGUUUAACCCGGUCCCUCCAACCUCCACUCUACCAACUGAUGAGAUCAGACCUGUGAUCAGGCCUCAGCUAUCAGCAGGGGAGCCAGUAAGAGUCUCACGACGAGUCCACCGAACCUCACGACACUUGGGACCACCGGCUGUGGAGAUCAGACCCCUGCCUGCGGUUGAAGAGCCAUCUCUGGCUGACAGGAUCUUUCCAGCGUCGGUGGGUUCGGAUGGGAUGCGAACACUGCCAUCAGUGAAAGAACCGCUGCUGGUUCGACAAAACGCUGCACCGGUAACAGAUGAAGGGAUAUCUCUGACAAGUUCUGCAUCCUUUCAGUCGUCAGAGGAACAGAAGCUGAUGAUUCAAGUAGAUCAUCACAGCCAAAUCCUUCCACGUUCUGACGUAAAGCCAACGCCGGACACCUUACUGUUUGACUCAACUUCACAAGUCGUCCUAAUGGAUAUCGACAUUGAAAAUGAGUAUGUGAAGUACACGGGGAGGACGUUCACUCGCGGUGAGAUGAAGACUACACAUCAUAAAGCGCUGGAAGCUGCGAUGAGGCCAAAAGCGAUUCUGUGUUGGAUGGAGAUUGACAGUGAGGUGCAGGAGCCAGUCCCGCCCAUCCAGGUGGACGAGGUUCAAGAUGUCACGGAAGAACAUCAGAAUCGGAAGAUUACUUUGUUCCAUAUAAAUCCUUCUCAUCGACCCAAGACAGAGACUCAGCAACUGAAGACUCAGAAGAAGAGGAAUGGACCACUUGUUCUCUUCGAAUGGGCUAAGCAAAAGGUCAGCGAAAAAGAAGAGAAGAAAAGAAGAAAAGAGAAGAUGUUACUGGAAAGACAGCGGCUGCAUGAGCGAUACCUACACGAUCCAAAACUGAAACAUCUGUGGAUCAACAAGCACAACCGCUUCAAUAGUUCCUUCCAUUAUGAGGUUUGAUCUCCUGUCUACUGCCAUCAUCUGACCUCCGACAUCAAACAACUUUGUGCAUGAAAAAAAAACUUUGUGCAUGAAAAAAAAACUUUGUGCAUGAAAAAAAAGCUUUGUGCAUGAAAAAAAAGCUUUGUGCAUGAAAAAAAAAACUGUGUGCAUGAAAAAAAACCUUGUGCAUGAGAAAAAAAAACUUUGUGCAUGAAAAAAAAACCUUGUGCAUGAAAAACUGUAAAUAAAUAAAGGCAUUAUACAAAGCAUAA